GGUACCUACUGGUAAUGCCUUUGGAAAAGCUCUUUGGCUUUUCACUGCCUUUGAGAUCUCUGUGUCGGUAAAUGCUCCUGUUUCCAGGAAAACUCCUUUCCAUUCUGCAAAUGAGUUUGGAUUCAAAUCGAUAUUUACACUAACUAGCCGGUUGGAGAUAAUAAUUGAAGACACAUAACAUCAUGAAAUCAAUCGGAUCCAAUGUAUUUGUUGUUCUACCUCCAUCGACUGUACAUGGUGCUGUUAUUUUUGGUAAGAAUUCAGAUAGGCCACAAAAUGAGGUUCAAGAAGUUAUUCACGUUCCUGGAAAAUCCUUCAGUUCGGGCGAUAAGUUAGAAUGCACCUACAUCGAAGUGCCCCAGGUUGAAGCGACCAAGGCGGUUAUUUUGAGUAAACCCUCGUGGAUGUGGGGCGCGGAGAUGGGAGCCAAUGAGGACGGCGUUGUCAUCGGCAACCAACCAGUCUCCACUGUUGUCACAGAUGAGUCACCAGAUGAGGAGAGACUGCUUGGUACGGACCUUGUCAGAUUGGGACUUGAGCGUUCGAGCUCCGCUAGCGAGGCCGUCAAUGUGAUCACUUCGUUGUUGGAGGAGUUCGGUCAAGGUGGACCCUGCUCGGACUACCUCAGUCUCAGCUACCAUAACUCAUUCCUAAUUGCCGACGCCAAGGAGGUCUGGGUUCUGGAAACUGGUGGCAGGUUGUGGGCGGCUGAGUGUGUCACAGGUGGAACUAGACAUAUUUCUAAUAGACUGAGCAUUACGACUAAAAUAGAUAGGAUGUCUGAGAAUUUAAAACAAUAUGCAAAAGAUAAGCUGCAAUGGGACGAAGGGACAGAACUAAAUUUUUCAAAGUUGUUCUCCAAUGCAAACGACGAAAUGGCAUGUCUUAGUCUUGAUCACCGAAUAUUGGAAGAUAAAAUAGCACAAGUUGAAAAGUUUUCUGCAGAGAAUAUGUUCGAAAUUCUGAGAGAUAAGAAAUCUUCAAUCUGUAAACCUUCUAUUGAUGGAGAUGAUUUUGCAACUACUGCCUCUCACGUAUCUGUCAUUCUACCAAAAGACAGCGAAAAGCCAAGCUGUCAUUGGUUCACGGGGACUCCAGACCCUUCUCUCAGUGUAUUCAAGCCAUUCAUAUUCACGCCUAACGUUACUAUUUCAAGGCACACCAUUAGUCCUACAUUUGAUGAAGAUCCAGCAAAGGUGAAACCAAGAUUCCAGAAAGCUGUCGCUAGAGAGCACAAUCUGUACCGACUCCAUCGAGCAGCAGUCAUCGAUAAGAUCAACGUCUUGAAUCAACUGCAAGAGAUGGAAAAAAGCUGCGUGCAAGACGUCGAAAAGUUCCUAGAUACAUUUCAGCCGGGGCAGAGCCUCAGCGAAGUGGACGACCUACUCAAAGAUGUUGUUGAAACCGAAGUCAAGUUCUUGAAGUAAUCUAUUCUGAGAUAAGUCACUUCUCAAUAUUGGGUCGCCAAAAAUUAUUUCUUUAUUAAUACUUGUUAAUAUUAAAUACUGCGCAAAAUAUUUAUACUCUAGUGUGGUGAGCCCUGUUCAACAAGCUUCUAUGUGGAUUGGGUGGCUUUCCUGGUUAAUUACUGCACUAGGUACAAUUGUAUUUAUAUACCUGGGUAUUAUGAAUGUUUGUAUUUGGUUAUUGAUACCAAUUUAUUAUAUCUGAACGCAUGUAUCAGCUUUCAUGAUAUAUAAAAUAAGAUAUUCUGAUACGGAAUUCUUUUUUUGAAAUUUGUUUUAUCUCUAAGUGAACGAACAGUAUCAUCAUUUUUAUUGCUCUAAAUAUAGCAUGUAGAACUCAUUUGAGAUAAUGGCCAAACAUGAAGGAUUUAAAUAUUUAUUUAUUAUAUUGAACAAAAAACUCUAGGAAGCACUGAUCUGUAUUAUACUAUAUUCCCAGUGUAAUGAGUAUCAUAGUAUAGUGAGGGAGUACUAUCGUAGACGGAGGAGUAUUAACACUAUCUCAUAAAUUAUUACUUUCAAAAGUAAUAAUUUCUUAUAUUAUAAUAUACAGUAGAAUUUAGGUAACGAGUCCUUUUGAUAUUUGGCUUAGCGUAGCUCUAUAUGGUGAAAUUGAUCUUGUGAUAUUUUUAUAAUAUUAUUUUUGUAUUUCUAAGUUCAAAACUAUUCAAUUGCUUUAUGAUACUCAAUUGUGAUGAUGUUGAGGAUUUUCCAAACCUUGGCACUUUGUAUAAAAGUUGGCAUUAAUGUGAUUGUUCGCAAAAACUUUUCUGAAUAUUGUGUCACGAUUACAGUAGGUUAGAAUCAAUAAGAGAACAUAAUUAUUUAUUCAAGAACCAAAGGUUUGAUAAUGUAACAGACAGGCAUGGAUUUAUUUAAAGUAGGAUAGAUAAUCUGUCAUAGAUUAAUUUCAGAUAAUACCGUGAUUAAUUUGACUUGGCAAUUACUACGUACUAUUUAUAAGAAUUUAUAAUUCAGUAUUUCUCAAGACUUGAGAAAAUAACAUCAAUAAACAAUGUUGGAAUCAAUUUAUUCUAUUGGUCAACUCCAAGUUAAACAUGAAUUGUGUUUUCUGCAUCAAUUUUAUGCUUCAGUUUUGACAAUUUCAUCUGUUUUGAAAUCAAAGGGGUGUUGCAUCUGCUUUGUAUCGGGGGCUGAAUAUAUAUUAAUAAGAUCAAAUAAUCUGAAAUAUAAUGCCAAAUUUUCAAUAUUCAACAACUCUAGUAAUAAAACAGUUCAUACUAGAGUUGAAUUAAAAAGAAUUAAAAACGGUUAACGUUUCAAUUUACAAUAUUUUGAUGUUUCAUUUUGAAGCUAUCUUUUUUAAUUCUGAACUUUUACAUUAAAAUUGUAUGGGUUAAUGCUCAAUUCAUAUAUACAGUAGCCUACUCUGUGAUUCUAGAAUAAUCGGAUAUUUAAUGAAAAUGAUGUUAUUUUAUAGAUCAGUUAUUCAUAAGCGAAUUUAUGUAUUAUUUAUGAAAUAAAUAACCAUGAUUUCUUGUUUUUUUUACAACAGUAAUGUUGGGAAGAAUUUACUAAAGAAACCAUGAUUUCUUUUCUUGUUCAAUCGUAGCAGAUUAAUGAUCAUUAUUAUGAUUAUGAGACUCUUAAAAUAGCAUAUAAGCUAGCUUUAUAAAUUUAUAAUACAGUAUAUUAAAAUCAUCUUGAUUAUGAUUUUUAUUAUUGUUUUAAUGAGUAAUAAUGUUGAAAAAUUAUCUUUUAUUAUGCUUUGGACCAAAUAAACAGUUUCUGCUGCA